ACAUUGGCCUCUGUUGCUUGUCCCCAGGAUCCCUGUCUGACACCCCUGCUGUGUUCGCUGUGGGAAGUUCUGCUACCACCACCCACUAGGACGCAUUGGAGAAACUGAUUGAUAUACCAAGACUUUGACUGGAAGGGUGUGCUUCACUUUGAGGAAUCAAGCUUGACUUGCAGAGCCAAUAAAACCCCCUUGGGAAAACUGGCCUCAUACCUUGUCUACACAGAUCCCAUACAGGGUUUCUAACCUGUGAUGUCUACUGUUGUGGAGCUGAAUGUGGGGGGUGAGUUCCACACGACCACCCUGGGUACCCUGAGGAAAUUUCCGGGCUCAAAGUUGGCAGAGAUGUUCUCUAGCUCAGCCAAGGCCUCCAUGGAUGCAGAGGGCCGCUUCUUCAUCGACCGCCCCAGCACCUAUUUCAGACCCAUCCUGGACUACCUGCGCACUGGGCAAGUGCCCACACAGCACAUCCCUGAAGUGUACCGUGAGGCUCAGUUCUAUGAAAUCAAGCCUUUGGUCAAGCUGCUGGAGGACAUGCCGCAGAUCUUUGGUGAGCAGGUGUCUCGGAAGCAGUUUCUCCUGCAAGUGCCGGGCUAUGGCGAGAACCUGGAGCUCAUGGUGCGCCUGGCGCGUGCAGAGGGCAUAACAGCACGGAAGUCCAGCGUGCUUGUGUGCCUGGUGGAAACGGAGGAGCAGGAUGCAUAUUAUUCAGAGGUCCUGUGUUUUCUGCAGGAUAAGAAGAUGUUCAAGUCCGUUGUCAAGUUUGGGCCCUGGAAGGCAGUCCUAGACAACAGUGACCUCAUGCACUGCCUGGAGAUGGACAUUAAGGCCCAGGGGUACAAGGUAUUCUCCAAGUUCUACCUGACGUACCCCACCAAAAGAAACGAAUUCCAUUUUAACAUUUAUUCAUUCACCUUCACCUGGUGGUGAUCAUCAGGAGCAGAGACUGUUACGAGUUCUAGCAUGGCUUAUGAAAUUAAAAGUUGCCAUCAAUGCCAUUUUCCUUUAAUUUCACAAACAUCAGGCAAUUUCCAGGGUUGGUCUAGAGUCUUGCUCUUAAAUAUUGAUCUCCCAUUUAAGGACUUUCCACUCUAUUGCAACUGACACCACUAUAUUUGCCUAGCAACUUGCAGCUGCUUCCUCUUCAAAGCCUCAUGUGUCUUUAAGAAUGUUUCAACAAUGCGUUGGCAAGAGAUGUGGGAUGACAACAGGAACAUACAAGAUACUGUGAAUCUAGAUGUUCUGACCUAAAGAUGUAGUCUACCUAGCCCCAGCUUGUGGUCCAAUCCAUCUGUCUCUGGCAUGUGCCCUCAUGUAGCAGAUGCUUUCCUGAUCCCCUUUGCGAGAUGCUGUGGGUGCUAAAACCUCAGAGCUGUCCUCUUCUCUAGAGUGGAGGUUUUCAAAGUGCAUCAUCAGCAUUACCUGUGAACUUGCUGGAAAUACAAAUUCUCAGACCCCACCCCAGACCUACCGAAUCAGAAUUUCCGGGGGUUGGCACAGCAUUCUGAUUUACCAAACCCUCCAAGUGAUUUUGAUGUAUUCUAAUUUUGAGACCAUCUCUAGAAAAGAUUUGCUACCUCUUGUAUGGAGGUACAAAAGACUGACCUCUUACAUCGAGGAACUUCCUUUCCCAGAGCUCCUCAUGGAGUCAGGCUGAAGUCAGUCUUCUGAGAGCACAUUCUUACUUAAAUUUUUUUUUUUUUCUGUCCUACGCUGCUUCCCUCACUCCCUUUCUCCUAAGAGCACUCCAUCAAUAAACCAUUUGCAUGAGA